AUGGUCCGCAUCAGCGAGAUACCUACACGCUUGCUCGCUCUCAAGUACGGCGCAGAUAUUGUCUGGGGCCCUGAAAUUGUAGACAAGGCUCUCAUCACUGAGCCUCCGGCGGAGCGUGUUGUCAACGAGAAGCUCGGCUGCAUCGACUUUGUCAAAAUGCCCAAGAAUCAGGUCAUCUUCAGGACGCAUCCUCUCGAGAAGCAACGCCUCGUCUUUCAGCUCGGGAGUGGAACCCCGGCGCUGGCCGUGCAAGCUGCUAAGCUCGUCGCCAAGGAUGUUGCCGCCAUUGAUCUGAAUUGUGGCUGCCCAAAGCCGUUUUCUACAACAGGCGGUAUGGGUUCUGUGCUCCUUUCUGAUGUGGACCGGCUCUGUGCGAUUCUCGUUGCGCUCGUAACUGAAGUUGGCAAGCCUUUUGGUAUCGGCAUUUCAGCCAAGAUUCGAUUACUCGAUGAUGAAGCAGCAACAGAGGCUAUGGUCAGGCGGAUAUGCAAGACGGGCAUCAUAGGUUUGACCAUUCAUCUACGAACCGUACCCAUGCGCCCGAGAGAACCUGCGUUGCGCGCGAGGCUCGCGCGCCUGGUAGAGGUGUGUAAGGAAGAGAAAGUUGUGCUACUUGCGAAUGGUGAUGUCAAGGAUCGUGAUGAAGCACUGGCUGUCAUGGCAGAGUCCGGUGUGGAUGGCAUCAUGAUUGCUCGAGGGGCUGAACACAACCCGUCUUGCUUCCGCUCAAGCACAGAAGGCGGGCCACUCGAUACAUUUCAACUUGCAAGAGAGCUCUUGAGGACGGCAGAAGAAUAUGACAAUGCGCCAGCCAAUACCAAGUACAUUCUGUUGCGCAUCCUGGCAGACAAGAGCAAGACGGCUGCGUACAGAAAGUGCCAGUCUGCAAAGGGCUAUGCGGAACUCAAGGAGGCAUUGAUGGUAGAGGAAGAGAAGCCAAAACCCACCCGGAGGUUUGCGAGUGAGUCUGCGAGAAAGACGGCUGCUGUAGCGUAG